GUUGGUCAGCUGUUAUCGGAUAUGUAAUUUUUAGCUAGUAGAUAAUAAUUGUUUUAUUUCGUUUACAAAAUGAGAAGUAUAAUUCAGGCUUUUCGGACUGCCGGAAGGUCAAGAAACUAUGUGUCACCUGCUCGAAAUGUUUUGGAGCAAUUUGAACGAUUCAGACUUCCCCAAGUGCAAAGGUUUGCAACCAAAUCCUUGCCGGCAUGUUGGAAUUGUCAAAAGAAGUCUGAAUUAAAGCAUAAUAUGAUCUGUCCAGACUGUGGGCACCUGCAGGAUGUAGAUGCGACCAUAAACUACUUUGAUUUGCUGAGCUUUCCCACAAAGUUUCCGCUGGAGCCCCAAAAGUUAACGCAGAGUUUCCGUCAGUUGCAGACUCUGGUGCAUCCUGAUAAAUUUAGCAACAAGACAUCUCGGGAGCAAAUCAAUUCAGCCGAUUGGAGUUCACUGAUCAACAAGGCCUAUAAGACCCUGGCCACUCCAAUUAAUCGAGGACAGUAUCUGCUUCAGUUGGAAGGUGAUCAAAUGCCGCAAGACAACAGUGCUCUAAAUAAGGAGUUCCUUAUGGCCAUGAUGGAAAAGAAUGAGGAAGUGGAGGAGGCUGAAGAUCAACAGGCCUUGGAGGCUUUGAAUGCCGAACUUAUAAAAGAGCUGGAGGAACUGACCCAAAAACUUACCUCCUUCUUCGAAGAAAAAGACCUCCAAGGGGUUAAAGGAACUCUUGUGGAGAUGAAGUACCUGCUGAGCAUUCAGAGCAGCAUUAAACAGAAGCAGCAAAGUUUGCUGGGCAGCUGAAAUUGGAAAUAUCGAUCUGGCAAUCGAAUCGCACACAAUCACACCUACCUGUUGCUAUCAGCUGUUAGGUAAACAAUAACAAAGAGCGCUUGUUUUAUAAUGUGAAUAAAAUGCUAUAGCUCUAUAAGAGUUAUAGUGGUUUCGCGGUCGGUAAACUGUCAA